AGCUUGGACGGUUCCACCAUGUCCUUCCAGAGCACUGUCCGCUUGUCCCUGGACAGCCCCACCCGGGUCGUUUGUGUGCUGGGCAUGGAAAUCAGCUUGGACAUCAGCGGGUGUGCACCCAAGAAAUGUGAGUCCUUCACCAUCCGAGGCUCCCCAAGGGUCUUGAUCCAUAUCUGCAGCUCAGUCAUCACGGGGAAGGAGGACUCCAUAGUCUGGCAGCCCCUUUCCCAGUCCACAGAGGCUCUGGUGAGGAUGGUGUCACCCAGCCCUGCCGUGGAUGAGGACAAGGUGCUGGUCUCGUACUACUGUACUGAUGAGGAGACCCCUGCAGCCACUGCUGUGCUGUACCUCACUGGCAUCGAGGUCUCUCUGGAGGCUGACAUCUACCGAGAUGGACAACUGGACAUGCCGAGUGACAAACAGGCUAAGAAAAAAUGGAUGUGGGGCCCAAGUGGCUGGGGAGCCAUACUACUUGUGAACUGCAGCCCGACUCAAGCGGGUCAACCCACCGGCCAGGAUGGCAAGAUUUUCUCUGAAGAAAUAAAGAAUUUGUCCCGGAUGACUCUGAACGUGGAAGGCCCCAACUGCAUCUUAAAGAACUACCGACUGGUCCUCCACACCUCUGAGGAAGAGGCAGCAAAGACGAGAGUCUACUGGCCCCAGAAAGAUACCUCCUGUGACUUCGAGCUGGUGAUGGGGCCUGGCAAGCCUUCCUAUGCACUGUCUCCCCUUGAGGACCGUGGGAAGGAGAUCUUCUAUGUGGAAGCAACGGAGUUCCCAUCUGCCAGCUUCCCAGGCCUCAUUUCCUUCUCCAUCUCCCUGGUGGAAGGGUCUCAAGAUCUGUCAAUCCCAGAUAUCCCGAUAUACAGAGACACGGUGGUGUUCCGGGUGGCUCCUUACAUCUUCACCCCCAGUACCCAGAUGCCAAUAGAGGUAUACUUGUGCAGAGAGCUACAGCUGCAGGGCUUUGUGGACACAGUGAUAAGGCUGAGCGAGAGGAGUAAUGUGCAGGUGGCAUCCGUCUAUGAGGACCCCAGCCGCCUGGGCAGGUGGCUCCAGGAUGAAAUGGCCUUCUGCUACACCCAGGCUCCCCACAAGACGAUGUCUUUCAUUCUCGACACUCCUCGAGUCACCAAGCUGGAAGACUAUCCCAUGAAAUACUCGCUGAGCCCUGGUGUUGGCUACCUGAUCCGGCAGACCAAGCACCACCAGGUGACCAGCCUGGACACCAUCGGGAACCUGAUGGUGUCCCCACCUGUCAAGGCCCAAGGCAAAGAGUACCCACUGGGCAGGAUCCUCGUUGGUGGCAGCUUUUACCCCAGUUCGGAAAGCCGGACCAUGAGCAAGGACCUGCGAGAUUUUGUGUGUGCCCAGCAGGUGCAGGCACCAGUGGAGAUCUUUUCAGACUGGCUAAUGACCGGCCACGUGGACGAGUUCAUGUGCUUUGUGCCUGCUGACAAGAGUGAGAACAAGAAGGGCUUCCGGCUGCUGCUGGCCAGUCCCAGUGCCUGCUACGAGCUGUUUGAAGAAAAGCAGAAGGAGGGCUAUGGGGGUGCGACCCUGUUUGAAGAUGUCAGAGCAGACCAGCUCCUUUCGAAUGGGAGGGAGGCCAGAACCAUCUCUCAACUCCUGGCUGACAAGAGUUUGCGGAAGCAAAAUGAUUAUGUGGAGAAGUGCAUCAGCCUGAACCGUGCCCUUCUGAAGAAGGAGCUGGGCCUGGUGGACAAGGACAUCAUCACCAUCCCCCAGCUCUUCUGUCUGGAGCAGCUGACAAAUGUACCCUCUGACCAGCAGACCUCAAAGUCCUUCGCAAGGCCAUACUUCCCGGAUAUGUUGCAGAUGAUUGUGCUGGGCAAGAAUCUGGGGAUCCCCAAGCCUUUUGGGCCCCAAAUCAAGGGCACCUGCUGCCUGGAAGAAAAGAUCUGCCAAUUGCUGGAGCCCCUGGGCCUCAAGUGCACCUUCAUUGACGACUUUGACUGCUACCUGACCAACAUAGGGGAUUCCUGUGCUUGUGCCAUCGUCCAUCGGGUGCCCUUUGCCUUCAAGUGGUGGAAGAUGAUUCCUUAG